AGCCGUUCGACCUACCAACCGUUCGCCUCAGAGCUUGGCCAUGGACAAUUUUAUCAAUAGUCUGGCUGGCAAGCACGUGGUGCUUUCUGGCUGUGGUGGGGGUUCAGACGUCUUGGGCAGCAGCGUGAUCUAUGCGCAGAUCAAAGAGACGGCCCGGAAGGUGGUUUUCUUCAACUUCAGCUUUUCGAAGACAGAGCUCUUGGACGCGACGUGCGUGCCGAUCUCGCCCAACUGCUGGCGUGUGGACCCCUGCAAUGUGGCGCUGGAAGAGGACGUCGAGGAGAAGGUUUAUUUCCCGGAGGCCCGCAUGGCGAAUGUCACUGGAAUGGCCAUUUAUGCCUUCUCGCAUGAGGCGACCAUCCAACAAGUCACUGAUGGGUACAAGGUGGCUCUUAAACAGGAGUUUGUCAGCUACAGCUGUUGGAAGAAGCGAGGAGCCGAUGUGCUUGUGCUUUGUGAUGGUGGCUGCGACGUGCUCCUCACCGGCCUAGAGAGUGGACUGGCGACGCCCAGUGAGGACAUGACUCAUCUCAAAGCGAUUUUGCCCUUGAACAUCCCACAGAAGUACAUCGCGGUGCUGGGGGCCAAUGUGGACUGUGCUCAUGGCGUCGUACCAGAGGAAUUGGAUCAUCGCUUGAGUGACCUGGAAGACUCGGGCACCAUGCUUUGUUCGGCACCGAUCGCGGUGGACGAUCUCGCUGGACGUUACUUCGAAGACUUGGUCCUACGCUGUGCACCCACCAGCUCCAUUGUUCAGAGCUUAGUCUUGGCGGCGAUGCAGGGCUAUCGCGGCCUCUACACGCCGGUGCAUCUGCGGCGGCGGAUCAUGUGCAGCACUGUGAGCUUGUCAGAUCAGACCAGGUCCUUGUACGUCUUUCACCUGGACAGAGUGGCUCGAGACAUACUUUAUCUGGAUCGUCUCCAUCCCAGCUUUGACCACGUGAAGGUGUCGUGUGCGAUCAGGGAGUUCAGAUCUGAAGUUCUGGGAUAGCCGGCGAUAGACCGGGAGAACCAUCCACAAAAGUCUUGACGUCUCAACGAUUCCGCCACCUUUGGACGUCUGAGGAAGAUUUUUCUCCGAAAUGGACACCGCGAGGAUUCCAUGAAGUCCGUUGAUCCAUAUUGAUCCCCAGAUUCAAGGAUUGGAGGUUU